AGGUAGUGUCGAUCGAAGGAGAUUAGUCAAUUCAUUUGUGUAUUAAUGUAAACUGUGCAGUUCAGGAUGCGUAACAAUGAUUGUUACAUUUAUUGGCAUGGCCUGUUCUUUAGUAGCCGGGUUGUAGUUCUAUUCGAUUAGCAAGCAGUUUCUGAUUAAUAAACAUACAAUAAAGUUUCCGCAUAACUGAAGUUUUACCGUACAUGGACAAUAUAUUUGAACAAGACGUUAAUGAAUGUUGUUGAGAAGGUGAACCCUUUGUUAAACCAUGCUGCAGCAACUGUUAAUUUUGACCUUCGGAUUGUGUGCGUGCCUGGCCAAAACUCCUUUACCUCACGUGGUUUUCAUAGUGGCAGAUGACUUUGGCUACAAUGACAUCGGGUACAACAACCCAGAGAUAAUCAGCCCUAAUCUUGACCAACUGGCUAACACUGGCAUCAAGCUGAACCAGAGCUACGUCCAGCCUCUAUGUACCCCGUCAAGGACCGCAUUCAUGACAGGGAUUUACCCAUUCAGGCUAGGGCUGCAACACUUGGUUAUUGGCAGUAAACAGAGCGUAUGUGUACCACAGAACAAGACGUUCUUACCAGAGGUUCUCAAAGCUGAGGGAUACACUACUCACAUCGUUGGGAAGUGGCAUCUAGGUUACUGUAACCUCGAGUGCACGCCUACCUACCGUGGGUUCGAUACCUUCUACGGUUUCUACUCAGGCGGAGAAGACCACUACCAGAAAACGUUCGGUAAUGGCUUUGACUUCCGCUUCAAUACGUCAGUUGACAGGGAAGCAACAGGUGGCUACUCAGCGGAACAGUUCGCCAGUAGAGCUGUUGACAUCAUUGAAAGCCAUGAUCCAGAUACCCCCCUCUACCUAUACCUGCCGUUUCAGAGCGUGCAUAUGCCACUCCAGGUACCUGAACGAUACUUGAACCUAUACCCUAACGUCACAAACCAGAGUAGAAAAGAGUUAUCAGCUAUGGUGAGUGCUUUAGAUGAAGCCGUAGGACGAGUUGUCGCCGCUCUCAAGACUAACGGACUGUAUAACGACACCCUCAUCAUCUUUACAUCGGAUAAUGGCGGCUGGACUCCUUAUGGGGGCAACAACUACCCGCUGCGGGGUGGUAAGAUGUCAGUAUUCGAGGGCGGCACCAGAGUUCCUGCUUUCCUACAUGGGCCGAUGUUGGAAAAGUCUGAAUCCACGUAUAAUGGCAUAUUUCAUGCUGUGGACUGGUUCGCUACAAUUUUAGGAGCAGCUGGAAUUAAUUACACAGAUCCAGACCAAGAUGGUACCAGCCAAUGGGAUUCCUUGAAUUUUCGCGGUGCUCCACUGAGAUCCGAGUUUGUUUACAAUCUCGACUAUCACAUUCUUCCUCUUCAAGGCCAGUCAGCCAUCAGGGUGGGGGACUUCAAGCUGAUCCUGGGGUACCCCGGACUGUACCAAAGCUGGUACCAGCCAGACGACAAAGACCAGGGCCUGUACAUCUCUCUAGACAUGCUGGAGAAGCUGAAUGUGGAGUCACUACCAGGGGAAGUAAUCCAACAGGUUCUCAUCGGCGCUAAUGACAAGUUACUGUUUAAUUUAAAAGAUGACCCCAACGAACACAACAACAUCUACGACCAACACCCAGACAUCGUUAGCCAGCUGACCGACAGACUAGAGGCAUACAAGAGAGGAUACGUCGACCCCAACUUCCCACCCAGUGACCCCCGGGCUGACCCCAGCAACUAUGGUGGUGUGUGGUCUCCAGGCUGGUGCUAGUUUUAUGUCACAGUGGUUGUGCUAUUUUAGGCUCGAUCAUAUGUUUAACUAACAUGAGUUUAAAUCUGUCAUGCUUUCCAUUGCACAUGUGCACAAAAAAAAUUACAAUUGAUAUUCACGUUGCAUUUGUUAUUCAUAUUUAAAAAAAAAAAGAAUUUGUGUUCAUUGCAAACCCUUUUUUUAGGUUUAAAAGCAAUACUAGUCUACAUUUUGUAAAUAUUCAAAGUGUUUAUUUCAUUUAUAUAUACUCAGAUAAUUGAUUCUGUGAUAAAAACAUUUAAUACACUACCAUGGCUCUCUAAUAUUAAGUAUGUGUAAUAUGUGUUACGCAGUCUAACACCAUAGCAGUUGUCCUUUCCUGUAGACUAUUUUAAUAGGGUAUUGUAAAACUUAAGGUCUCAAUGUGAAGGAAACAAAAGCUUAACAACAUACAAUGGAGUAUCAAUAUAAAUAGCCAAUGCAUGAUAGUUUAAGAUAUGUGUAUACACGAAACGACGAAGAGUAAUUCAAAUGGUUGACUUAAGUGGAGUGCAGCAACAUGUCUUUAAUAGAUUCUAAUCAUGAAGUAAUCACACAUACAGGUGUAGAAACAUCACAACACCACUAAACUUUUAACGCGCAAAAGCUGUCAAUUUCAUGUAUACGAACCCAUAUACAAACUAAUUCAACACAUAUUGUUAAGCAGAACAUUUUUGAAUCAAAUAUGAAGCAUUUUAAAUUUCAAGAUAUUAUCUAGCAUGCAGGUCAUUAUUCCAUGCAUUUUCUCAAUAAAUAUUCGAUCUUGUAAUUGA